AUGAGGAAUUUGUAUCUUGAAUUCUUUAAAGCUUAAAAAGAAUAAUUAUUUGAGUUAGAAAUGAUCUCUAGUUUGAACUUCUAUUUUUUAAAAAAAAAAGAAAAAUAAUUCGAAGAUUCCUAUACCAUUUAUUAUUUUAACUUGAUGAUCUUGAUGAAAAUCGAUUAAUUAAAUUUUAGAAUUUGA